GAGUUCAUUGCGAAGUGUUAUUAGUAAGGUAGACCACAACUAUGUUGAAACAAGAUAACAUGAACAGUGGUUCAAUCAUACUAAGAAAUCAGUAAAUUUACUGUUAUAUUUCAUUAUUAUUCCCUUAAUAUUUUUAGAUUGUGUUUUAUAUGCCAUUUUCAGUCAAGUGACAGGUCUAUGUAUUUUUAAAUCAAUAUAUGUCCACAUGUGUAAUUAAUUAUUACAUUUUGGGGAGGGGGUAAAAGUCUGCUGAUACAUUGGGUCAUUCUGAAUUAACAGAUUCUCUUUCUUUUUGCUUACAGUACACUUUGAAUACAAUAAACAAGAUCAUAUACCAUGAAGAUUAGCUUGGUUCAACUUUAUAUUAAUUUGAAUAUUUCAAAGACAAACAUGAAAAAUGAAUUCCUGAGUCUAAGUUCAGACCUACACAUCUAGAGCUUUAGUAGAUUAUCACUAAUAAGUAUGUGUGUCCUGGUUUGAACCUUGGAUUAAACCUUUGUUUAUCUCAAAUAUACGUUCAAUUUUGCAUUCAAUAAAAAUGAAUAUAUAGAACAACAUGAAAAAUGAAGCACUUGGUAAUUUUUUUAUUUUCAUUUGAUUGCCUGAUUUGAACGAUUUCAUUUGAAGCAUGAAUACAAAAAAUAUGACUAGAAAUGUGCAGAAUUGUCAUAUAAACUACUGAACAAUGAUCCAAAUCAGAUGGACGACAAAAGGUAUUAUCUAAUGAUGAAUAUGGGGAGUAUUAUGGCACAAAUCGUGAUUCUGCAAAAGAAAUAUCUGUGACUUGUGAACUAGGCUAUGUUGUAUCAUAUGCCAGGCUUAAAUUGAUGCCUCAUGCACAUGGGCCUUUAAGUUCAUUAAUAGAUUUUGCAAAGGAAGUUCAUGCAAAUUUGUCUCGUUUGAGUAGAAAGGGCUCUGAGAUUCACCUCACAUCAGGAAAACGUGUGAAAAAGCACUUGAAAAGAUUAAAAUCUUCGCUGACGUUAAUUUGGAAAAGGUACAAACAAUUUGAAACAAAGUUGCAUGUUAUCAAAAAAUUGGUGAACAUUUUAUAUAAACAUUCCAAGAAUCCUGUUUUUGGUGAAAAUGAACUAUUUGUGACGUAUGACACUUUAUCAUUUGAUGUAAUCAUUGAGCGUCUGACAGAACUGGAACUAUCUUUCCACAGUGUGCCUCUAAAUUUUAUCACCCGGGGGAGAAGUAAGGUGAAAAGUCUACAGAAAAAGAUGUCUGAUAUCCAAGGUACUGUAUUACAGAUAGGAGACGCUUUACAUGACACAAAUCAGCUUGCUGAUAAAUUUAUUGUGCUAUAUGGUAUGAAUUAUACCUGUAUUGGAAGAUGCAUAAAUGGACAGUCAUAUUGUAGCAAUAUCGAAUGUCUGCCAGGAUACGAAGGAUAUGCAUGUCAAGUUAAAAGUUAUGAGUUUGGAAAAUGUUUCAUAAGAGAGGGGAACUUGACAACCUUUGAUGGUGAUGAGUACAAACUAAAUGUGAAUGCUUCAAGAUACAUGGCCGCAUUUCUUAGACAUACCUGGAUAUCAUUCUAUGUGGAUACCAUAUCCGAUACAAGAGGAAUAAAUGGGGUCACUAUUUAUGUUAUGUCUGACCAAUACACCCUACUUGCGAAUGGGGAAGCUAAGAUAAAUGAUGUGACACAGACUCUACCCUCAGUAAAGAAUUUUGACCAUUAUUUGACUGGACAUGCUUCCCUUGAAAAAGAUGGUGACUGGCUGAAAUUUCAUUCCACAAUCCAUCAGUUGACAGUGGAAUUUUCCACAAACGGAAAUGAUGAUGUCACUGUAUCAUUGAGUACAUAUUGGAAGACAUUAAUGGGAGGCAAAUGUGGUAAUUUCAAUGGAAUCAUGUCAGAUGAAUAUGAUUAUGGUUACUAGACCAUAAUUUGCACAUCAUUGAGUAAUAAAGAUACUUGCAUUUGAUACAGAUGUUGCAUUGUUGAAUUUUUGUGAAUUGAGG